CAUAUAAUCCUGUCAGACGAGAGCGUGCACACACACAGAGACACACACAGACACACACACAGCACCAGACUAAAGAAUCAGCAAGAUGGCCUUCAAAGUCGCAGCGCUUCUGUCUACGUUUAUGCUGAUAUACUUUUUGGCUCCACUCGUCUUCACUUCAGAUGUCCAGAAUCCCAGUCAUAUUUCACUAGUUGUAUACAACUCACUCACUAACAAGAAGAACCUGACUUUCAACACUGACAUUGCAUACAGAGGGAUCUUACUUGGUGCGAUGAGGAAAAUACAAGCAGCCACCAAUAAGUUCAGAUUCACCAUUCGUGAAGAUCCAAACUAUGGUCCAUUCCUUGUAAGUGUGAACGGAGUGGCAGGGAACAAUGCUGAACAUACGUACUGGGAGCUUCUGGUUCAACUGCAGAAUGGCACCAUAAUACGUCCUGAUGUGGGUGUUGGCUGUUAUAUACCAAACCCGAACGAUACAGUUAUCCUCAAAUUCACCAAAUGGUAAUCCAAAGGAGCUCUAAUGGUGCUGUAAUCAGGCUGGGGUCUUUUGGUCUCCUCAGAAUAAAAGCACAAUACAUUGUGGUAAAUUUGCAUAAUUGACAUUUAAAAAUUACAUCUCUUUGAUUCCUCUUUAACAAAAAAAGAUCAUGUUAAAAUCUCUUGCUAUAUGUAUGUAAUCCUUUUAAAAAUCUUCAUAUGUUUUUGUCUUGUUUAAUUCUUGGCACAUAGUGUUUAGGAAAUUCUUCAUCUGACAUUAUGCAAACCCUAUUAUACAAGCCCUUUUUGUGUAUUUUACUAAACUCUUCUCUCUUUUUUUGACAAAUUUGGCUAAAAAAUAUUUAUUAGGGGUCUCUAAGGUUAUGACACUUUUCACCUUUUAUUCUUAACUUCUUGGUUAUAUGCCUGUAGUUUUCAGAGUUACACACCCUUAUCCAGGUUGAAAUCACAGCCUUAUGAAAACAAGAAAGUAAUCAAGAAAAGUUAUGUGAGGAAAAAAAAUAAAAGCUAAAAAGUCAAUCAAGUGAUAUGUGAUAGUGCCUGGAGACAGAUGCACAAACAGAACCAGAUCAACCAGAGAUUAAGCACUACUAUAUAAACAAGGCUAGAACAUACUUAAACUAUCUCUCUCUCUCUCACUCACUCACUCACUCACUCACUCACUCUCUCUCUCUCUCUCUCUCACACACACACACACACACAUACACACACAAAACAACACUCCAGCAACAAAGGAGAGAACACGGGGAACUGAAAUAGGUUAAUUAAUUAAGCAAAACAACAAACAGGUGAGCAUGAUAAAACAGGAAAUCAGUGAGACAACAGAAGAAGUUCUGCAAGGACAGUCAGGGUUCCCUCUAGUCUGGGGGCAAUGACAUGAUGGUUGCAUAAGCUUAUUUUUGAUAUGCAGUAACUAUUUUACAUUCACGGUCACAGGCAAUUUUCUACAGCAGUGAUAAGGGAAAAUAAGAGCAUCUAAUGCUAAGCUAAUGGUAAGUGUAUUAAACUGCAAUAAGACCUGAUAUUUUCUAUCUGUGAUUGGUGUAGCCGUGACAUUAGCCUCUAAACCUUUGGCCUUUGCUAUUGUGAUGUCCAGUGGCUGAGCAGUGCCAUAGACCUUAGACUUUCUGCCAUAUGCUUUGGAAAGCUUUUUAUUUUUUUUAUUUUUUUUAUGUAAUUAUCAUUAUCAAUGAAACUGUAGUUGCAGCUCAUCAGAACACGCUGAUGCUACAAAUAGUCAGACAAACACCUCAUAACUGAUAUAAUGCCAGAGUGAAUCAUGAAGUGAGACAAAAUUAAUAAAUUUAGUAGGCAACAGUUAUAAGCACAUAAAUCUGACCUUUAUAAUAGAAGUAGAUCAUAAUGUGAUUUAAUAUUAGCUACAUUUUAGUUUAGAUGGGUGAAUUAGUUUAGAGUAUCAUAUUUAGGCUGCUGUGAUGGUAACAUAGCAGUAAUUAUGAAUAUUAAUGAGUGAUUAUGAUCUGUUAAUGAUUUUAACUUUUAAAACUUUAGCACCAAGUACAAAAUAAAUAUUGUUAUAGGCAUAUUGCUGUUUGUAUUCUGCUUUAACUGUUGGUUAGAGGUGUUUGAUGAACCAUAACCUAGGUCCAGCAAAACUAUAAUGUCCUGUCUAGGACACAUUUGAAAAAUAAUUAAGUGACUUCUGAACCCUUAAGAAAUCAAGGUUCAAGUACAGCACCUAUAUUCAGCCUACACUGUUAAAAAAUUUAAUUUUACAGGUAAUGGUAUGUUGUUUUUUUUUGCUUGUUUGUUUACAGAAUUUCCCUUUUCCCAUUAAACAAUGAAAUGCAUGUUGUUUUACCGAUAUUUUCUGUAAUUUAAAGUUUUACCAUUGAAAUUGCAGGUGAUUAAUCGUCAUUUGAGAUUACAUCAAUAUUAUGCUUUUAAAUGCAAUUUAUAGUAUCACAUUAAAAAAUGUAAUUAACUAUUAUUUUACAGAUUUUUCCUGUUUGUGAUAAAGAAAUGAAUUACAGAAUUACAAGUAAAAUUACAGAAGUCA